UUGUUUUGCAAGGGUUUGACGAACAUUGACCAUUGGCCCCACUGGAUUUGGAGUACGAAGCUUCAUCACCAGUGCCGAAACACUCGUAGAAGAAAAGGAUCUCGAAGGAGGAAGCACACUCCUCCCUUUCUCCUUAGGGUUUUCCCUUUGCUUCUUUGCUUGCUACUGGAUUUGCGUCUCUCAUCCUUUUCAGCGACCUGCCGUAUCUGUCAUCGGACCUUCCUGAAGAGAAUGAGUCGGCAUCCGGAGGUUCUCUGGGCUCAGCGAUCCGAUAAGGUGUACCUUACCAUUGCCUUACCGGACGCCAAGGACGUUUCAGUGAAAUGCGAGGCUGAAGGGGUAUUCAGUUUCUCUGCUGUUGGGGUUCAAGGCGAAUCCUUUGAUUUCACUUUGCAACUCUAUGGAGCCAUUCUUCCUGAGGGAUGUAAAACUAAUGUUGGGUUAAGGAACAUAAUAUGUUCAGUCCAGAAACAAGAGAAGGCUUGGUGGAAAAGACUACUCAAGUCUGAAGAAAAACCUGCACCUUACAUUAAGGUGGAUUGGAACAAAUGGUGUGAUGAGGACGAUGAAGAGACUACUUCUGAUUUGGACUCUGACGAUGAUAAUACUGCGUAUGAUGAAGAAGACGAAGGCAGUGAUGAUGAAGGAAUGCUUUAUCUUCCUGAUUUGGAGAAGGCUAGGGGAAAUUAAUGAAGAUCAAGCACCUACAAAGUAACAUGGAACUGGAGUUUUAAUGAUUGAAGAACUGUGUUGGUGACAGUUGCAUGACGGAAACUUGAAUAGAUUUUAUGCAAAAAUACUGCUGUAACAGAAGUCUGUAAAUAUUAGAUCCAAGUUGCUUUAAUGUAAGGAUUGGUUCCUUGAGAUGAUUUUGUUGUCAAGUAUUUGGGGCUUGAUGUGGUUCAAUAUAAUACGAUUCUCUGGUCGAGAUGGGAAAUUUUUUCAAACGCUGGUGACUAUUGAUUGCAACUUUGAAGCUUCGGCUGCUGUAGUUUUGAAGAAUUGUCUUAUAUCUCGUCAUUCAUGUGU